UGUGCCAGUGCCGCAUCCUUCUGUCGUCCGCAAGAAGAAGCCGAAGAACACGAGGAAUAAGACGAGAAGGAAUCCAUCCAUCUGCCCGCCCGCUGGUCAAUUCCUCUGCCUCUGCACAUUCCGCCAUUAACAUUGUACAUAUAUAACAAUUUAACCGUGAAAACAAUUCCCAUUGUUUCCAAUUGUGAAAAAUUAUCCAUUUCUUCUCGGAAUCUCUUGAGAAAGAGAGAUCGUGCGAAAUCAUCGUUUUUAGGGUUUUUUUUUCAGCUGUAGGCUUCACCAUAAUAUUUUAUCUCUGUAAGGGAAAAAAUUGUUAACAAUUGGGAGUUGAAGGUGAGGCCUGAAACGAGGCAUUUAUUGAAGGAGGAAAGAAAAAAAAAGGGGAGACCGAAGAAGCAGUCGAAGAGGAAGUGGAGAACGGAUACCUUAACGUGGCGCACAACACCACGCGCAGUCGAUUAUGAGCCAGAGCACGUUUCGCACGAUUUUGUUUGGCCGCUGCCGCGACGAACCGUCACUACUAUUUACUCGAAAUUUACAAACUCCUAGGAUAUGAAAACAUAAUCGGGUUUGCCUAUGAAACACCGGUGAUCAUUUAUUAUCGAACUCGCGAUCUAGUGCGUUCGCGUCACGGCCAGUGGUGUGGAGAAAAUAGAUAAUAAGCCGGAAAAUUGUAAUGGGUGGAUGAGGAAAAUUGAAAUUGUGUCAACGGUGCAGUGACAACCGGAAGUUGAGUGGUUGAAGGAGUUUCUCACCACUGUUGAAUAAGAUGUUCUUAUUUAUUAGCUUCUGGGUUUUUUAUUGACAUUCAAUUAGCAAAAGUUGAUUAAUCAGUGGGUUAAUUGUUGUGGAUUCAUUAUUCGGGAGUUUUUCGUAUUUUUGGGUGAAUCGUGAGUGAAGACUCGUCAAGUGAAGACGAGUUGCACGUAUUCUUCAUUGGACCUUAAAUUUUUCUGGUAAUAUUAUCCUUCUGCUGGAGAAAUUGGAAAGACAAGAGUAAAUGGUGAAUUCGCGUGGAUGACCUUAGACGACCCGGUAUCGACCGACACCGUCUGCGUUCACACACAUGGUCGCCAUCACGAAAAACCAACAGCGGAAAUGUUUUCGAAAAUUAUAUUCUGGGUCACACUUCUGUAUCUCCAGACACUCUGCCUUGGAUUACCAGAAAAUACGCGGAAAGAGUCGACGAGUACGACACCUUCCUCAGUACCUGCUGUGAUUUUAUCGCGUAAUGAGUCAUCUCUAGUUUUUUUGGAUAUUCCUCAGCACACAGUGACACCACUGGGUGCCUCUGUCCUAUUAGCAUGUAGAACAGCCGAACCUGUGAUUGACUGCCAGUGGUCCUGGCGGCCACUACCCCCCAUCCACCUGCCACAUCCUGAUAUCAAUAAUUCAGAGGAGAUCAAUGAAACAACAACGAUUAUUGCAACUGUACCAACCACGGCUGAGACACAGUCAUUACCAGUCAAACUGUUUCCAGCGUUUGGUAAUAAUAGCAAUGAUUGUUCAGUGAGAUUUACUAAUACUCAGUAUGAGCAAAUAGGAUAUUGGACGUGCGCCGCCCGAAAAUCCAGUGACGGGGAUUUCGUUAGCACUGAACCAGCCAGAAUUACCAUAUCCACUGAUAAAAAUGAAACAGCAAUAAAGUUCGUAAAGAGCGAGGAUGCGGAAGAGGUAGCGGUGGGCUCAUCGGGCCAAAUAAUUUGUCGUACAGAAAGACCAGUGAAGGAGUGCCAGUGGUCAUGGAGACUGUUCAAUCAAACGGAUGUGUGGAAUUUGGAGAUAAAAAAAUUCAUCUCAUUCGGCCCUGACAACACAGACUGCAGUAUUAAAUUCACGAAUGUAUUGCCGGAGCAAGAGGGAUUGUGGACGUGUGGUGCACGCAGCAAUCUCAAUGGCACAUUUGCCCUGGCGCAUCCUAUACGUUUUUUUAUCUCCGAAGUGAAAUUCGUACAACUCUCAAGUGGCAUCCAGAUUGCCGCUGGGGAAUCUGCACAGCUCAAAUGCCUGGUGAACAAACCGGCCGUUCAGUGCGAAUGGUCCUGGAAGCCCAUAAAUUCCAGCAGAGAACCAACGGUUAUAAAAAAAAUCACUCCCAAUAGCGAUAAUGAUCACGACUGUUCAGUGAGAUUUAAAAAAGUAUUGUAUGAAGAGGAGGGAUUGUGGACGUGUGGCGUUAGAUUAACCAGCAAGGGACCUCUCCAUGAGGCACCACCUGCUAAACUUACUCUACUACCUGAAAAGAUAAAUUUAGUAGAGACUCCUCAAAACAACACACUUCUCAUAAAUACCAAAGAGGUAUUGAAAUGCACAGUGAGUGGACGAGCGGAGAAGUGUUCCUGGCUUUGGCGUCCUCUGAACGGAGAUGCAAAGGCAACAAUAGUGCGGGAAUUCGCUGGAAUGGGAAGUGGUGAAAAAGAGUGCAGUCUGGACAUUCCUCAAGUAAGGAUUCAAGAUCAAGGCUACUGGGCUUGCAGAGUCUCGGUGACAUCUACCAACACAGUUGUCACGUCUCCAUUCGCAAAGGUCGUUGUGUAUGAGCAAGACGAAAUCGAAUUUUCCGAGUUGUCAAAGGAUAUUCAAAUAUCGUCGGGAGGCAGUGUACUCCUCAAGUGUGUCACCUCAUUGUCUGUGGAGCAAUGCAGAUGGUCACUCACCCCAGUUAAUUCCAAUACGACAGUAGUGGUUAAACAAUUUUUUGCAGCUGGACCUGAGGGCCGUGACUGCAGUGUGAGACUGAGUCAUGCUUUGGCUGAACAAGAGGGUUUGUGGACCUGUGGUGCUAAAAUUCGUGGCAAUGAGAAUUACACAUAUGCAGCACCAGCAAAACUUAGCCUUCUUGAGCAAGGGAUGUGGGGAAAAUUGCACAUAACCAACUGUUCACGCUUAAUCCUCGAGGAUGAUAUCGCCACGCACACGGUGGUUGGUGAUUUUGUUCAAAUAAUGGAGCACUCAGAGCCAGUGGCAGUGGCUGUAUGGACCAGUCCUCAUCAAAAAGUUACCCUGGCUUGCAGGCUCAGCCCAAUGCCACUGAAUGCUAAAUGCCAGUGGCAUCACCAGUCCAACGAUCGAAUCAACAGGAAUGAGACUUUACGAAAGAGGCAGGAUAUGAGAAUGAAUUACACUAGUGGAAUGUGUACACUCCAGUUCAAACCAGAUGCUAGUGAUGUAGGGUCAUGGACGUGCAGGUUCUAUAUUGACACUGGUGAGGGAUUCAUUGAACUGGGAAAUGCUACAGUGAUGGUCAUUCAAACGGAACCUGCUGAUGGAAUCCUUGGUUGGAUAGUCGGAGCAGUGACAACUCUAAUUCUCUUUGUGAUGAUUCUCGUCGUCGUUCUGGUUGUGUGGAAAGGGAAAUUAUUCAACAGAAAGCCUAGAGUACUCGAGACAGUCUCUUUCGAUCAUCCGAAUAACCUGAGACUAAGAAGCACCGAGAGUCGAGAGUCGAGACCCAAAAAUGAGAGUCGCUCGACCGACGAGGUAAUCCUCGGUGUCAAUCCCAGUUAUUAUGAAUCCCUGAGACAAUACCAUUCCCCAAUAUCGAGAAGUUACGAAAACUUUGCGACAACAUAGCGAAUAAAUUGUUACCAAAUGUACAUAUUAUACAAAAAUUAUUUUUUUGUUGUUAUUAUUAUAAAGAAUAUUUACAAUUUCGGAAUUUAGAA